UAGGCCAUGUUCUGAAAAGUGGAAAUCAAGCAGAAGCCAUUGAGGCCAACACAUAUGAUCCCUGAUCCCCACCACCUUGAUUGUGAUUGUUGUUGAUUCAUAUGUGAUAACUGUCAGUGUGAGAAUGGUGUCUAUAAUCAAAAACCAGCUUCUGAAGCAUUUAUCAAGGUACACCAAAAACUUAAGAGAAGACCAAAUAAACUUAAGUACAUUUAAAGGCGAAGGGGAUUUAGCCAACUUAGAAUUAGAUGAAUUAGUUCUAACAGAUUUAUUAGAACUUCCAUCAUGGUUACGAUUAACAAGUGCUCGAUGCAAUCGUGUGAAUUUUCGAAUCCAGUGGACAAAACUGAAGAGUGUCCCAAUAUUUUUGACUUUAGAUGAGGUUCAAAUUGAAGUGGAAACUUGUGAAGAUCUACGUUCUAUGUCUGUGCAAGGGGGGCUAUCAGCAAUGGGGGGAGGGCGAUACAGUUUCAUCCAUAAGGUCAUAGACGGAAUGACAGUUGCAGUGAAUACUGUUCUUGUAACAUUUCGUAGCCCUGCUUUUGUGGCUUCCUUGCAGAUCUCACGGAUAAUGGUUGAGUCCAAGUCCCCUCAGUGGAAUCGUGCAGAUCUUCGAGCAACCCGCAUUAAGGAACCAGAGAAGGGGCAACUCUUGAUAUUUAAGGAAUUGGAGUGGCAAACAGUUCGCAUUGAAGCAAGAUCUACUCAAGAUACAAACUUAACACCACUUCGUCUCCUCACUAAUCAAGCACGAUGUCGAAUUGUUAUUAAGAAAAGAAUAUCUGAUUGUUUUGUUAUGGGAUCAAGACUUCUACUUAUUCUUGAUGAUCUCCUUUGGGUCCUUACUGAUUCUCAGCUGAGAGCUGCUUUGCAUUUCUUGAAUUCUCUCUCAGGUUUAGUUCAAAAAGCAACUGAAGUGACUCGAAAGAAAAAGGCAGCUCGUAAACUUGAGGUUUUACCUGAGUACCAAGCUCAAAUAUCCCAACAAGCUCGCAAACAAGGGCGAGAAAGUGACAUAUCGCGACUAUUUAGUCGGUAUGAUGUGGUGGAAACAUCGUACCACUUUUUGUCGCAACAUAUAGAUUUGCAUCUCUGUGAUGACCCUGGAGUUGGCAGAUCAUGUCAUCCAGACCUUCAGGAUGGAGGUGCACUUCAAAUUAGUCUUCGGGACUUUCAAGUUGAUUACUAUCCAUAUCAUUUGGCGAUUGGGGAUCGAAAACAUUGGCCCAAAUAUAAAGAAGCUGCAUCAUCCCAUACCCAGUGGCUUCAACAAGCUCUUACAUCUUUCAAAAACAGUUUUCUUGACUUGAUAGAAGGCAAUCGAACCCUACAUACCCCUCUUGCUCGAUCCGCUGUCCCAGAUUUUGGGGCCGAACCUUCCAAAAGUAAUGGUACUGCUUUUGGUAUCCCAAGCAAUGACUCAGGAGUUCAAGAGCAGGAAAAUGGAAGGAGAUUGAGUCAAACUCAAAACUCUCAAGCAAAUCCUGUGAAAAACUAUGUAGUUGCGCAGCUAGCUAAGUUAAUGACCUCAUGUGUGAUCUUACGUAUUGAAGAUUUCACUUUGUAUAGAGUAACUACCCCAAAACGCAAGCAAAUGCCAAAGGAUUUCAUAUCUGCUCAGCACAGGAGGAGAACAGGUGAUAAAGAUAGAUACUCUUUCCCUGAUGAAGUUAAGACUGUUCACGCAGAAUUCACAUAUUAUUACUACCCAGGAGAUAUCCCAUUCCCAUUGCCACCUCCUAAGUUUUAUGUCCAGCUGAACCCCAUCCAAAUCUACUUUGAUGUUUUGAGUGUUCUCUGGGCAAACUCAUUUGCUUUGAAUUUACAUCAGUCAUUACAGAAAAGUGUUACUGAAAUGAAUUCUAGUCUCCCAUAUGUUGAUGUGAAAAUAGAAGCUGUAAUGCCAAGGGUUAUUUUGGAGAGUUCUGCUGAACACCUAAGUCAAAGGGACAGACCGAAGUCUUUGCACGUUCAAGCAUCUAGAGUCACUAUUACCAAUGUCCGAAGUACUCAGGAUUCAUGUUCUCGAGCAGAUCUUGCAAAGUGUGUUCAUACUUUCCAACUGGGCUCGUUAUUUUUUGGCUCAGAAUUUCCAUCCAGGCCAGGAGAGUAUCAUGUUGUUAACAAGAAGUUCAUAAGCCACCUGGAAGCCACUGAUAACAUUCGUCCAGCACCUUCUCACAUAACUGGAAGCUCUGUGCAAGACAUAGUUAGCCAAUUAUGCAGGGAGUUACUUUGGGUUGAAGCCAAAGACACUUGGUGUGUGCAACUUGAUCCAGUUUGGGGCGAGUUCUAUGGUACUCGUGCAGUUGGUUCGAAUCGUGCAACAUCCUUCUUUGAUGCAUUACCAAUUACUUUAUGGGUGUACAUGAAACCUGAGACAGCUGUUCUCGACACACCAGUUAAAUCAGACUCCCAGGCAUCAAACUUAACUCUGGGUGGUUCCUGUAAAUCCUCAUCUAGUUCUACAAAUAAAAAUAGUGUGGAACCUGGCACUGCAGAUAUUCAUCUACUUGUGCAAGUUUCAAAUCUCAUGUCUGUUCAAAUCAACCAUUACCAGUUAUUGUUUCUCUUGCGAUUGGCUGAAGAAGGAGCUGAAGUUGCUACAUUUUUAACAAUGGAUACUACAAGGAUCCUCGACCAAAAAGCUGGAGGCUCUUUAGUUGUUGGUGCAGUUCUUCCGCAAGUGGAAGUAACUCUGGUCAUGCCCUCCCAAACUCCUGGCAAAGAAUCUUCUGGAGGUGAUGUGGAAUCAGUUUUCCCAGAUUCAUCAAGCCUUGGUGAUGAGCUUGUUGGCAGCAAUGUAGAACGAUCCACAGAUUUGGGAAGUGGUAAUGUGGACAGAGCAAGUGUACACUUUUCUAGCUCAACAGGACAUGUUUCACAGGAUACUGGAUAUAAGAGAGGAGUUCAUCAGAUGGCAACUAAUGGGAAUGGUCGUGCAACCCCUGGCAGUGAUGUUUCAUCAUCAUAUUCUAUGGAUUUCCAAACACGACAAUCUGCUCGCCAGUAUGAAGAAAAACCUGUUGCAUCAGCAGUCCCUUCUACUUUCAAUAACUUAAAUUCUUUGUUAAGUUCGAGUAAAAAGGUUUUCAAUAGAAUGACUAAUUCUAUAGAUGCUGCACUUAAGCCAUCAUUAGAUGAUGCCAGUGAUACGGCUUCAUUACGCAGUGAAGGAAGUUCUGACAGUGAAAAUUAUGUCAUGAUUGGAGGGGAAAGUGGUGGCAUUGAUCGUCCAUUUGAUGCAAGCGAUGCCAUGUUCCGAGUAACGUCAUAUCCUGAUAACAAUUUGCAGAAAGUUGAGUUGGCUUGUGAAGUGUUGGAAGAAGAACCUACAGGGACAAUUGUAACAACUCCCAGUGAGAGAGCAGAUUCAAUUGACAGCUCCAUUAAGCGCAGAGAUCUGGUAUCAGUAGUCACCUUCAAAUUGGCCAAAGUGGAAUUUGUGCAGCAAUCAGAAGGAUUCUCCUCUAGUAUUAAAGUUCAAGUUGCAAAUGUCACAUCUGAAGAAUGUGGGGCUAUACCCUGGGAUGAGUUCCAAAGUAAAUUUAGCUCUCGCUCUAGAGCAUGGGUUGAAAUGCCUUUGGACACUGCUGGUCAUCCAAGGAUUCAACUCAGAUUAGAUCACAGCUUGUUGCCAGAGUUCUACUCUGUUGCUGAUAAAUUGAAAGGACCCUGGGAUCGAUCUUACAUGCAAUCCUGGUUCAAUGAUCUUUUAGAGUUGUAUGUCACUGAUCUUCCUGUCCGCCUUACAAUGAGCUCAAUCACUGGACUUGUGGAUCUUGUGGAAGAUGAAAUAAUCCCCUCACCCCUCCCCAUUGAGGUGCAUUUGGAAAACGUUUCCCUUCACUUAGUUGAAGACCGACCAAGCAACAAUAUAACUUCCCCAGGGCCUGUCCCAAUUGAUGCCUCAAUAUCCAGACUGCACAUUUCACGGAACCGGAGUGGGGUGUUCCAUAUAGAACCUCCAGGGCGGGCUAGAGCCGAUGAGUCAGCUGAACUAGAAAGACUGGAGCGAUCACUAACCCGUGUUAGCUCAGAAAAUGAGGAGUUGCGACGUAGGCUUACAGCUUUUGAACAGCUUUCUGAAGAAAAUCACAGAUUACGGCGAUCUGCUGAGGAAUCAGAUGCUCUUCGAUCUUGUUUGGCCAAUGCGCAAGAAAAAGCAAAUACACUUCUUGAAGAGAAAAUGUCAUUACUAUAUGAAAUGCAAGCCUUGCGCCAAAAAGUAAAUCGCAGUGGUAGUUCUGGAAGCAUGACUAGUAGCAGCAAAAGAUAGCAGUGUGAUGGCUCCUGCUUCAAAUGCCGCCACUGCUGCGGUGGCUCCCGUCACAGCCGCAGCAAGUAACAGCCAUGCCAUAGCGUCAACAUAGCGUACAGUAGGCCAAGAGCGAUAGUGCUGUCAAAACUCGGGAAAUAUUAAAAUUUUCAAAUGACUUCAACAAAGGUUACAGAAAAGUUGUUUUUUUCCCAGAUUUGAUGUAAAUUAGUUGGCUUCUUCUAGAAGUUUUGUAGCACUAUAUAGAAUACAUUCAAGUGCUGAUUUGCAUUGUUGUCAAUUUAGUUCUGGGCUGCACUGCUUCAGUGUAAAUGAGUGCUUGAAUUUCUUGAAGAUACGCUCAUAUGUAGUUGUUUUACUGCUCUGUUGUGUGCGCUAGGCUGGUGAGGAAUAGAAAGGCUGGGCAAGUGGAGCAGGAAGCAAGGAGCAAAGGCUGGACUAUGGGCCCAACUGGCCAGCAGUCGCAGCAAUCUCACCCAAGCUGGGUAAAGUAAUGCAGGGGCAAGUAAAUAGGCCACUAUUUUUUUCCGUCCAACAUUCUAGAAGGAAACAUGUAGGUAAUAGAGCUGCUGGGCAGCACUAAACCUCAACUUUGACCCUUUGCAGCUUUUGUAAAUUUUGUAAUCAGUUAGCGUUGUAAGUCUUCAUUUGCCCAAUGGUGUGUUCUCAAUUUGUAAUUUAAACCUUCAAAAUCUUCAAUUAGAAAUUCAUGCCAGCAUUAUUGCAGGAGUUGUCACAUCAUCAAGUUACUGUGAUAUCUGCCCUGUCAGUGUAAAGCAAUACAGGAUGUUAUUUGAUAAAUAGGUCAUUAUUUAAAGUUUAUUGGAAACAUUAAUGUGUCUUGUGUGGCACAGCAAAGUUAUAUCUUCUUCCAUUCUAUAUUUUGUGUCUCUUUCUUGGACUCAAUGGAAGAAAAGAGUCUUAUAAUUGUUUUUAACCUUUGUUAUUUUGUUAUCUCUCGGCGGAUAGACUUAGCACAGUGAGCUGACCAAACAUCUAACUGCAGCAAAUGUUUGGUGUUAAUAGCUGAUUGUCUCCUGCAUUCAAUGUGUUAAAGCUCUUAAAGAAAAGGCUGUGCUUUGGAGCAACAAAGAUGACAAAUCUGCACAGCUAUCAUCUUUUUUCCCCCGAUUUUUGUUGAUACAUUAAAUCCUUGGGAGUGAGUUCUCUAUAUGCAAUCAUCCUUCAGGACCCUUUGAUUUUUAUGCAUAGUACCUUUCAUUACAACACAGCAUGAAGUACUAAUUUUCGUCUGUCAUUUUCCCUCUGUACAGAAUGACAUAUCAAGUACUGCAUAAGAUUAAACAUGAAAAUAAGUUUCUUAUGUCUUUUUCUGGAAUUUGUAGUUUUCAGUUUUAUCUCUUUUUUUCCAAAACCCUUUACAUUUGCUUCUUUCGAUUUUCCUGUCUUGAUUAUUUUUUAUUCCAAAAUUGUAGUUUUAAGGGGGUUAAUCAAACGUAGAGUUUCACCUAUUGAAUGCUUAUCAUUUAAUACUGGUUUUUUACAUGUUAUGUAUUUUCUCUAACUUUGAUGUAGUCUUUGAGUCUAUCUGCAAAAAUAUUGUUGAUACUUCAGAUCAUGAUAAACAUCUUUUCUGACCCUUGAUCCUUCUUUUAUAAGGUUCUUUGAAAAUAUGUUCUACUUUUUACAUUCAAGAGCUCUUAAAGGAUUUUCAGGAUUGUUAACUUUUGUUUUAGAACAUUUCUUCAUUAAAUGUGAUCAUCUACAUUGCUUUUAUUAUAAAUUCAGCUUUUCUUGUGUACUUUCUGAGCAUCUCUUGUGAAUAACCAGCUGGCUGACCUUUAUUUUGUGGUGUUUUUUAAAAUGCACUGCCAUCCAUGUUAUUAUUGGAGGGUUAAAUCUACAUUUACUUAGUAAGUUAGGUGAAACUUGAUAUUGUUUUUAUUAAAAAAUAUUGUAUGAGCAAUGUCUGGGCUUCAAUUGUUUUCUAAAACCACGAGCUCCAGAGGAGUUCGCAGGGUAUCUUUGAAAUAUCAACACCCCUGACAUCACUUGUAACAUGUACUACUUUCAUGAGUACAUGAGAAUGAGUACUAUUAGUUGUGUGUAUUACCUUGAUUUGGAUAUGAUUGCUAAAACAUGUUUAACUGUUGUUGGCUUUUUGAAUGAAUGACACUUUCAAUUACCCUACAUUGACUUUGUUAGAUAUUGAGAUGUACAUUAUUUGCUUCUCAUGAUAUUAUUCUCUUGCCGAUUACUUGCUUUUACUCUUUUACUAUCAUUAUAGUGUUAUUUUCUUAUAGAUUUUUUUGAUGUGGGGUUGCGUGACUGCUAUUGGUCUGUGCACAGUGGUUUAUUUUUUUAGAAAAUACUUUAUUGAUUUCGUCAGUAGCAUUUUCCAUAGGUUUUUUUCCCUCUGCUGAGGUUCUUCCUCAUCUGCAGUCAAGAUAAAGCAUUGUCUCUGUCUCUUAGGCUGUGUGGCAGUGGACUAUGAGUUGAUUGAUUUUCUAUUUCUCACGUUUUGGAGUGCAAAAUGUGUCAUUUUACCAUAGAUAGUUUUAUUAAUUACAGUGACAAGACUGACUUAUUUCAUGCGUGAUAUUAAUUUACUGGGGUUAGUUAGAAAAUUUUGAAGACAUCUAAAGCAUCUAUAUAUCAAUGUUGAUAUUGAUUAAAAUUUUGUUUUGACAUGUCAAAUAGUUUUACAUAUUCAUGUUUGGCUGCAACUAUUCUAGCCAUUGUAGUGUGACUUAGUCCUUUAAAAAUGUGGCAAAGAAUUGCUAUUUUGACUUGAAGUCUUGCUUUGUUGGUAAACUGCAAGUAGGCAACUGUGUUACCAAAGAGGAUGUUUGUUACCACAACUAAUUGGAAAUUUGGAGUGUUUAGUUCAGCUGCAUUCUAUUAUGAUCCUAUGUACCCAUGAUUAAAUCAUUUCCAUUUUUUAA